AUGGACGUGCUUCUCCGACGGUCUGCUUCCAGCUAUCUCUGUCGACGCUGCUUUCGGCAGGCUGGAAAGUCACUCAGGCGCUCCUACGCCAGCACGGCUGGACAGCCAGACAUCUAUGAUGUCGUGUGUGUGGGAGGCGGUCCUGCAGGCCUCAGCUUGCUCACUGCCCUGCGCGCGAACCCCGUCACAUCCGGCCUCCGAGUAGCCCUUAUCGAGGCGCAGGACCUGUCAAAAACCCGCCAGUGGAAGCUCCCUCCGGACCGCUUCUCGAACCGAUGCAGCUCCCUGACGCCGACGUCCGCUGACUUCUUCGAGAAUAUCGGGGCAUGGAAGCACUUCAAGCAGGAAAGGAUACGGCCAUACCACGAGAUGCAGGUCUGGGACGGCGUCUCGGAUGCGCGCAUCGAGUUUGACUGGGGCGGCGGCCCCGGCCAGACUAUCGCAUACAUGAUCGAGAACCUCAACAUAACGUCCGGCCUCCUCGGCCGCCUUGACGAGUUGGGCGGGGUAUCUGUGUUCGACAAUACGAGGGUAGAGGGUAUCACAUUCGGUGAGGAGAAGGACGGACUGAACCUGUCCGAGUGGCCAGUCAUCCAGCUGGCGAACGGUCAGCGGCUCUGGGCGAGGCUCUUGGUUGGCGCAGAUGGUGCCAACAGUCCUGUCAGGUCCUUCGCCGGCAUUGAAGCACGAGGCUGGGACUACGGAAGACACGGUGUUGUUGCGACUCUUCAACUCGAGGGUGAAGGCUGGGGUGGCGAGAACACGAAGAUCGCAUACCAACGAUUCCUGCCCACGGGGCCUGUUGCCAUGCUGCCCAUGCCCGGGAAUUACUCGACACUCGUGUGGUCGACGACUCCGGAUCGAGCUUCGCGGCUGAAGAGCCUGUCUGCUGCGGACUUUGCUGCUACGGUCAACGCUGCCUUCCGCUUGAGCCCCGUGGAUCUGGACUACCUCCAUAGUCAAGGUUCUGGCCAGGUGGACGAGGUCUCGUGGCGUUCGCAACAUACUUCGGUCCAACCAAAGGCCAUCCCUCAGCCUGUAGUCGGAGUUCAAGAAGGCACAGUAGCGUCCUUCCCCCUCAAGCUGCGCCACGCUGAUACUUACAUCGGCGAGCGGGUCGCGCUCGUGGGUGACGCUGCCCACACCAUCCACCCACUAGCCGGUCAGGGUCUCAACCAGGGACAGGGAGACAUCCAGAGCCUAGCCAAGACCAUCGAGUACGCCGUCAGUCACGGACAAGAUAUUGGAACGCAACUGUCGCUGGAAUCGUACAAUGCCGAGAGGUACGCUGCAAACCAUGUGAUCCUGGGUGUCUGCGAUAAGCUACAUAAACUUUAUUCGGUCGGGAGCGGACCCCUGGUGCCUCUGCGGUCCCUUGGUCUCAGCGCUGUCAACGCCAUGAGGCCAGUGAAGGACUUUUUUAUGAGCCAGGCCGCUGGUCAUGGUCUGAAGCUGUAG